AGUUCUACAGCAAACGACAUGUCCGAGGCAAAGUCCCCCGCUAAAAAGAAGCCAGCUGUGCCCAAAAAGCCAGCUGAGCAUCCACCUUAUGCCGACAUGAUAAAAGCUGCUAUCUUAGCGUUGAAAGAGCGAAGCGGCUCUUCCCGCCAAGCUAUCGAGAAGUACAUCAAGGCCAACUACAAGGUUGGUGAGGUCGGCUCGCACUUGAAGAUGGCUUUGAAAAGGGGUGUUACUAGUGGCAAGCUUGUCCACACCAAGGGAGUUGGUGCUUCUGGUUCCUUCAAGGUGGCCAAAGAGGAAAAGAAGGAGAAGAAGCCGAAGAAGAAGCCAGCUGCAAAGAAGAAGCCUGCUGCCAAACCAAAGAAGCCCGCCGCCAAGGAGAAAGCAAAGAAACCAGCGGCCAAAAAGCCAGCAGCGAAGAAACCCGCCGCUAAGAAGCCAGCAGCGAAAAAACCCGCUGCUAAAAAACCAGCAGCAAAGAAACCUGCGGCCAAAAAACCAGCAGCGAAGAAGCCUGCAGCUAAAAAGCCCGUCAAGAAAGCAGCGAAGAAAUCACCAAAGAAGGCGGCCAAGAAAUAAGGAGGAUAUCAACUCUUCAUUAAAUCAAACGGCUCCUUUAGGAGCCACCACAUAAAAGGAAAAGUUAUGACCAACUGAGUAAUAUCCCGUCUUAGAUGUUCCAGUUCGACUUUUCGAUAAUUAAGGUCAUGGCCCUCACUCCGAUUUUACCCAUUAAUGGUCGCUUAAUCGUCAAUCAGAAUGAGUUAAAAUGAGAAAAUAGCUGCUAGAAGAGCGCAUAACGCGUCAAUUUCGA